CAUAUAGCGAAAGCAAGAAUAGCAAUAUUACCUUUGUACAUGUCAUGACGGUGCUGCGUAGUAGUCAACAUCUAUUUUCUGGUCGGGGGACACCAGCAUCCCGUGGUGUGCGACGACGCUCGUCUCUCGGUGCUCUGCAUGAAGAGGACGACGAAGCACACGAUGACAACGAGUUCGAACAAGGGCCUUCCUCCACUUCGUCCUCUUGUUAUUACAAGAAGUAUAGGCCACCAGGGGCACGUGGCUGCUCUAGGUCAAGCAGAAGUAUUUCCCGUUCCUCGGAGAACAGCGAAACUUCAAGGACUUUGAGUCAAACAAGC